AUGGGAGACUUCAGAUCUAAGUUGCGGGCUAGAAUUUCGCGACGGCAUUCAGGCAUCCCCCUGCUCCCGUCCAGCAGAAAUGGAAACGCCAGCAGCAAUAGCACCAAGAGCGUUGAGCCCAGCUCUCCAGCGAGCGCCCAUCGCGUCGAGGAUGCCGAGACAGCCCUGGCCGCAGUUCCCCAGAACCAGGAUGGCAGCCACAUCCGGCAAGCCACGGGAUCAUCACAGGCACAGGGGCAAUUGAAACAAGGCUCAAAGCAUCACCCAGCGAGAGUGCUUGUCGAAGCCAGCGAUGCAAGCAGCGGAAAGGAUGGCGAUGAUGCUGCGAGUUCUGGGAGCGCUGCGGUCAGCCAGAACCCAAACAGUGCUACAAGUCCCACUAACAACAGCCCGCUGUUGCCCGCCUCACCCGGCCCCGGUAAAAGGAAUUGUCUCGGCAAUGAUCGCCGCAUCCUGACAGAUAGCGAACCCUUCAGUGGCAACAAAAGCACAACCGAUACCGAUACCAUUCAGCAAUCGUCGCCGUCGUCGCCGCCAUCGCCAACUACCCGUUCCGCACCGGUCGACGAACCGAGACCUAGAGCCCCUAGAGUCUCCACCGAUGUUGCCCGCCGAGCCCGAGUCAGCGACCCGCCCGUGAGCUUAGACCUGUCUAGCCCGGCCUCUCGACCCGCUGCCUCUGGCCGUCCUUCCUUCACCCCCCAAGACCCUGUCGACCCGGCGUUAAGCAUUCAAUCGCGCCCGUCGACCUCGACGAGCUUUCGUCCGUCCGCGCCGCCGAGACGGCAGAGUUUGCUGCCUAACCGACAGACGUCGCUGAUCCGGACGCUGUUGAAUGCUGGGCAGGUCGAUGACCCCGACCAGAGCGCCUCGGAACAACUACCGCCCAUUAGCCCAAACAUGGCCACACGCAAGCUCUGGGUGAAGCGGCCGAGCGCGUCUGCGACUCUGGUCACCAUUAAUGAAGAGGACCUAGUUGACGACGUCCGCGAAUUGAUCCUCCGGAAGUAUGGCAACACUCUCGGUCGCCAGUUCGACGCUCCCGACUUGACGUUGCGCAUUGUGCCCCGCGAGAGCCAGAGACAAGAGCGCGUCUUAGGGCCCGAGGAGCCAAUGGCUCGUACCUUGGACGCAUACUUUCCCGGUGGGCAGUCGGUAGACGAGGCGCUGCUUAUUGACAUACCGCAUCGCCGCACCCCACGAGCCUCCCCGAGGAAUGGCCCUCCGCAUGCCCAGCACCUCACCUCGGUUAGCUACGAAGACAUGCGGCCCCUCGAGGGGAGCACUGACUACUUUGGGCCCGGUGCCGUCGCCCAUAUCCCCGUUACCAUCGCCGGUGCCGCGAACGGCGCAGCGCAUUCCAUAUCGGUUUUGAACACAGGACAAGUGCCGCAGAUCCCCUCCCCAGGCGGGACUACACGAACGCGGCCCUAUCGGGACCGGCCUGACAGGCCACGUCCUGGGAGGCAGCACACGUCAUCCCCUACAAUCCUCAACGUUGUCGGCGCCGGGGGACAUACGGCCACCAUCGCCGUUGCCACCAACCAUGGUAUGCAGCAAGCGUCUUCGAUUACGCGUUCCAGGACUCAUUCAAGUGCUUCUUCAGAACAGACGAACACCGGCCAGCCCGCCCAGCCCGCACCCCCUUUACCGACACCCCCGAGUCAGGAAUCAGCGGCUGUACCUAUUCCCCGAACUGCCACACCGCCACCGCCGAGAGCGGCCUCGCCCCGCCCUCCUCCCGCGGACCGACCGAGCCGACCGAAGAAGAAGAAGACGACCGAAGCUCCCGCAUUACCGGCGGGCAUGCUCAACGGCGGCGUGCCGCCCAUCAACGUGCUGAUCGUCGAAGACAACAUCAUCAACCUGCGCCUACUGGAAGCGUUCGUCAAGCGGCUGAAGGUGCGCUGGCAGACCGCUAUGAACGGUCGCGAGGCUGUCACCAAGUGGCGCGCGGGCGGCUUCCAUUUGGUCUUGAUGGACAUUCAGUUGCCCGUUAUGAGUGGGCUUGAGGCCACACGCGAGAUCCGCCGCCUUGAGCGCACAAACUCGAUCGGCGCUUUCUCAACUACGAACAACAACACCAACAACACCACCACCAACGGGGGUGAGUCAGAUGAGUCGAAAAAUGAGAUGCCAGAGGAAGAUAAGCUCCAAAACAGGGAGAUGUUUAAAAGUCCAGUCAUCAUUGUCGCCCUGACGGCGAGCUCCUUGCAAAGUGAUCGCCAUGAGGCGUUAGCUGCAGGUUGCAAUGACUUUCUGACCAAGCCGGUUACCUACGUUUGGCUCGAACGCAAAGUCAUGGAAUGGGGCUGCAUGCAGGCAUUGAUUGACUAUGACGGCUGGCGGAAGUGGAAGUCGUACACUUCAAACCCCGCCCCGAGGCAGCCAGAGAGAUGA